UCCAGCCCCGAGAGCCACUACGAGACCCUGCGGCACCUCUACCAGGGCUGCCAAGUGGUUCAGGGCAACCUGGAGCUCACCUACCUGCCCGCCGGCGCUGACACCACCUUCCUCAAGGACAUCAAGGAGGUGCAGGGCUACGUGCUGAUCGCUGAGAACCAAGUGAGCGCGUUGGAGCUGCAGAACCUGCGCAUCAUCCGGGGCACGCAGCUCUUCCAGGAGCGCUUUGCCUUGACCGUGGUGGGCAACGCCGGCCCCAGCGAGAUCCUGAAGGGAGGCGUGCGCAUCGAGAGGAACCCACAGCUCUGCUUCCAGGAGACCAUCCUGUGGUCCGACAUCUUCCACCGGCACAACGAGCUCCAGACCGAGAUCCACGUGGAGAGCACCCGCAGCCGUCCCU